GGCUGGUGUGUACAGCUGCUGUAAACCGGGCGUGAGGGAGCAGAAGUGUGAAGCCUGCAGCUGUCGGGAGCGCAGGAUAUCAUGGAGAAACCCGAAAACCCGCCGCUGUAGGCUCAAGCAGGCCGCUGCAGAGCCGGAGGACAGGCGGACAAACUUUAUACCCCGCCGCUGCGAGUCCUCCGGCCCCUCCCUGCUGGAAGAAAUGUGGUUAAACCCGGAGGAAGUUUUGCUGAAAAACGCUCUGAAGCUCUGGGUGACCGUGAGGAGCAACGACUUCUUCCUCCUGCAGAGGAGGAGAGGCCACGGGGAGCCGACAGGCAGGAUCACAGGUCUCCUGGUGGGGGCGCUGGACACGGUGCUGGACUCCAAUGCCAGGGUCACACCCUUCCGCAUCCUCCUCCAGGUCCCCGGCUCCCAGAUCAGCUGGGUCAUCGCCAGCGGAGCCGCCAUAGAGGAGGUGAACAAGCACUGGGACUGGCUGGUCCACAACCUGCUUCACUCUCUGUCUGUGUUUGAGAACAAGGAGGAUGUUGCCAGCUUCGUCAGAGGGAAAGUCAAGGGUCUCAUUGCAGAGGAGGUUCGGGGUCGCCAGGCCGCCCAGGAAGAAGACCCAGAGAAGUUCAGGGAGGUGCUGCGGAAGUUCGAGCUGCACUUUGGCCUCCCGUCGUCAGAGAAACUGGUGACGUACUACUCCUGCUGCUGCUGGAAGGGCCACGUGCCUCGGCAGGGCUUCCUCUACCUCAGCAUCAACCACGUGGCCUUCUACGCCUUCCUGCUGGGGAAGGAAGUUAAGUUUGUGAUUCCCUGGGCGGAGGUGACACGGUUGGAGCGGGUCUCCACCGGUCUGAUGACGGAGGCCAUCAGGAUCACCACACGACGGCGGCAGAGGGAAUUCUCCAUGUUCCUCAACCUGGACGAGGCGUUCAGGGUCGUAGGUCAGCUGGCUGACAUUGCCCUCAGGCGGCUGCUGGACAGCGAAGGGCUGGAGCUGGACCGAGUCCUGCAGCAGCCCGCACGCAUCACAAAGAGGAUCCUGGAGGAGCAGGCACUGAGGGAGUACGUGCUGGCUCUGUUUCGGCUCCCUCGUGCCGAACGACUCCACGAGGUGGCCUCCUGUUCGGUGUGGACUCCACACGCACGCUGCCACACAGCCGGCUCCCUCUACACCACUGACAGUUAUCUGUGCUUCUCCGGUCGAGAGGAAGGCAGCUGCAUCCUGCUCAUACCCCUCUCAGAGGUGUUUUCCAUAGAGAAAGCGGAGAGCACCAGCCUGCUUCCCAACCCCGUCAUAGUGAGCGUCCGCACGAAGAAGGCCUUCCAGCUGAUCGAGCUGCAGGACCGAGACGAGCUGGUGGAGAGACUGAACUCCAGACUGCGAUCCGUGCAGUGGAAACAGUCCAUGUUCCGCAGCAGGAAGGACGGCAAGAGGAGUGUGAGUUCCCCGACACCCUACUACACCUUCUACUAUGACACCGGGCAGUCUGACGAAGAAGAGGUGGAGGAGCAGGUUCUGCGUAACACCGUCAACAGCGAGGCUCUGAUGACGGCCUUCCACCAAAACCAACCAGGAACCAACGGCAACAAGAACAAGGAGCAGGUGAAGGAGCGGCUGUGGGACGCUCAUUUCUCGGAGUUCGGUCGCGGCGUCCACAUGUUUCGCACGGACAAGAUCCAAAGACUUGUUGCCAUGGGGAUACCAGAGUCGCUGCGAGGGGAGCUGUGGAUGACACUUUCUGAUGCGUCCUCAGAGCUCGAGUCCCACCAGGGCUACUACAGCAGUAUGGUGCAGAAGUCGAUGGGCCAGAGCAGCCUGGCCACGGAGGAGAUUGAGCGGGACCUUCACCGCUCUCUGCCGGACCACCCCGCCUUUCAAAACCCCACCGGCAUCGCCGCGCUGAGACGUGUCCUCACCGCCUACGCUCACCGGAACCCCAAGAUCGGAUACUGUCAGUCAAUGAACAUCCUGGCCUCGGUGCUGCUGCUCUACGCUAAAGAAGAAGAAGCGUUCUGGCUGCUGGUGGCUGUUUGUGAGAGGAUGCUGCCGGACUACUUCAACCGCAGGGUCAUAGGAGCUCAGGUGGACCAGUCAGUGUUUGAGGAGCUGAUCAGGGAGCGUUUGCCGGAGCUGGCUGAAAACGUCCCAGACCUCUCCACCCUCUCCUCCGUCUCCCUCUCUUGGUUCCUCACCCUCUUCCUCAGCGUCCUGCCCUUCCACAGCGCCGUCUGUGUGGUCGACUGUUUCUUCUUCCACGGGAUCAAAGCCAUCUUCCAGUUGGGCUUGGCAGCGCUGGAGGCCAACGCUGCACAGCUCUCUGCCAGCACAGACGACGGACAGGCUCUCAUGAUUCUCUCCAGUUUUCUGGACCAGGUGGGAAGUGAAGCGGUGACUUGUCCUCCGUCCUCCCCGCCGCCUGCUGCUCAGGAGACCAGCUGCAGCAGCGACAUGGAUAUUCCCGCCGUGAGACCCACGAACAUCAGCGACCUCAUCAACGAGUCCUACGUGAAGUUCGGUGACCUGUCCGUGAGGCAGAUCGAGAGGCUGCGCUGUCGACACAGAAUCUUAGUGCUGCAGGCUCACGAAGACACCACCAAGGAAAACGCUUUGAGACUGGUGACUCCAGAUGUUUCCAUGUCUUCAGAGAACUUGGCGGACGUCUACGACCUCUUCAAGACGGAGCACUUCAUCAGUCUGUACUGGGGGGACAGCAGCUCUGCGGCGGCGGCGGAGGCGGCUGCGUGGCGUUACGGUGACUCCGGUCACUCCUACAUGGAGCGGCAGUACCGGCUGGACCGGCCCCAGUUCAAGAGCCUCUACGGGCUGCUGGCUCCGUGGCCCGGCGGCUCCAACCAGCACGCUGACACGCUGGCCAACCGCAGCUUCACCCUGCUGGACCACGACUGUGACAACCUGGUCACCUUCAGGGAGUUCGCUGGCUGGCUGGACACUUUAUACUGUGAGGAGCUGAAUGAGAAGAUCCGGCUGCUGUACCAGCUGCACAUCCCACCAGCUCUGACAGACAGUGAGGAUGACCCCUCUCUGAUGAAGAGCCCCCUGCUGUCCACAAACAGACCCCUCUUUGUUGAUCUGCCCUCUGAUGUUGAAGGUGAAGUGAAAGAUUACCAGGAGCAGCUGAAGCAGAUGCUGCAGGAUCUGAUGAAGGAGCCAGAGAAAGAUGUUGAGAAGCCUCUUCCACUCAUGAACCAGCGCGAGUUCAUCCAGUUCUGUAAAACGCUCUACAGCAUGUUCCACGGGGAUCUAGUGGAGAACGACCUCUUCCAGGCCAUCGCGACUGUGACGAGCCUCGUGCUGCAGAUCGGCGAGGCCGGCCACCGCGGACGCAGCCCGGGGUCAGAGGUCAGCAGCCAGGAGGAGGUGAAAGCACCGGCGACCCCUGCAGACGCCGGGAGCUCGCCGGCAGAGGACGAGUGGAGGGUGAGCUACGCUCAGAUCCUGGCGUCGUUGCUCACCGAACAGGCGCUGGUGAACUUCUUCGAGAAGCCCGUGGAUCUGUCUGCAAAGAUCGCAGAAGCCAAAGAGAAGCAGUAUCACCAGCGGGCGGGUUUGCUCACACUGCAGCAGGGGAGCAGCUGACUGAUGCGAGCCGCGACACCAGUUUCAUUAAACACAAUGAGACCGAAAGCAGCCAGGAAGCAAUGUUACGCCUAACUGACGACAGAAAGGAGUUUUCACACCACGUGCUGUUCGACUCAGUCAGCGACAUUAUUAUUAAGAUCAUUUUGUGCUGUUUGUCUGCAGAAAUUCUAAUUAUUGCCACGAGGCGGCCUGCAGUUAACACAAGUAAUCUGUCACUGUUUUCCAAAAAGGAACCCUUUAUAAGUUGUGACUAAUGACUUUAUUAUAGCUUGAUGAAUAAUUAACUCAUUUUGUAAUAAACACAAGGUUGUGAAACAUCUCUUUCAUAGUCAAGUUAAUUAAAACUGUAAAUAAGAAAGAGCAACGAGUGUUGUUAUAAAUGUCAUUAAUAAUAAGUGUAACACAUGUUCUAUCCAGCAACAGCCAAAGGCAUUAAAUAAUGUCAUUAAAAAUGUAAAUAAGUUGUUGAUAAAUACACAACAGUCCAUUGGAGCAGGUGACCUGAUGAUUUAAGGAAAAAGUGUCCUGCUGGAGGGGGUUUUCACAACCUGGCAACCCAACAUGUUUCCUACUUAUGACUAUAAAUAAAUGACUGAUUAAGUUGAAA